AUGGAGAUCACCCAUUUCCCAGGUGGAGGUCGUUUGUUAGGUGGUGCCUGGACUACGAUUUUUAAACGUGGUUUACACGAAAGCAAUCCCUGGUGCAACUUGCGCCUAAAGAAUAAUCACGUUCGAAAGGAAAACUCUCGAAAGAUGAUCUCAGCACCGUUCUUCAGAGGAUCUGGAAACUGCAAGCGUCGCGAAUGCGACAUGAAAUUUAAGAUGGUCAUCGAGGAAGAGAGGGGAAAAUACGUGGAAGUGACGUAUACAGGAAAUGUCUGCCACAACUACAAAUCGUACCCCGCGAAAGGGUGACUGAAAAAUAGCUGCCAAAGACCUGAAAACGGUCUCGGCAUCAUGCUCACUCGGUUAGUAGAGGCCGCUCGGGAUAUGUUAGCUUUGUGAACUUGAAUCCUAGUGCAAGGAGAAGACCUUUGACUUCAGUCUUUAGUAUCUUGAGAAUCUAGACAAGUUCACGUUAUUAAAGAAUCGGAGAGAAAGUAGAACGAUAAUGAAGUUUGAAUGUACCUGAUAUAUACUUCUAUAGCCAAAGCGGUUAAAAAAGUAAUUUUUUGAACUAGAAGACCGAGUACAGACUCAGUACAAAGGACCGGGAGGUUAGCAAUUCUAAUUUUUGUACUAGUAGCCUAUUUUUCUCUUGAUCUUAGUGUCCAAAUCAAUGUUUGCUCAGUUUCCACGCCAAUGACAAAAGCAAUGACAAUGACACUAACUGGGAGAGAAGAAGAGGAUCAAAGCUCAUAUUAUAUAAAACUAAAAUUAGCCAGCUGCCGUCUUCAGAGCCUUCUUACAAGGCUAUGUUAUGGCUUUUUUUGA